AUGCGCGAGCUCCGCGUGAAACACCAAAACUACGCGUGGGGCGCGCGCGGGUCGAGCGCCGUGCGCGCGCUCGCCCUCGCGAACGCGCAGCGUCACGACGACGCGCGUCCCGAAGACUUCGACGACUCGACGCCGUUCGCCGAGCUCUGGUGCGGCACGCACGCGUCUGGAAUGUCCGACGUCGUCGGGGAAGACGGCGCGCGAACGCCUUUGAUCGAGCACGUGAAAAGCGCGGCGAACGCGACGCUCGGAGAGCGCGCGGUGGCGCGAUUCGGGGACGACGUGCCGUUUUUGAUGAAAAUGCUCAGCGUCGCGCGGGCGCUGAGCGUGCAGGCGCAUCCGGACAAGGCGCUGGCGGUGAAAUUGCACGAGAGUAAUCCGGAGGCGUAUAAAGACGAUAAUCAUAAGCCCGAGAUGGCGCUGUGCGUGAGCGAGACGUUUGAGGCGAUGAGCGGGUUCGCGAACGCCGACGCGGUUUUAACGGCGACGAGGAGACACGAGGAGUUCGGAAGAGUGAUAGGGGAUGAUGAUGCGAUCGAAGCGUUGCGAAAAGCGGUAGAGAGUGGGCAGAGUAAUGAGAGUGCUGCGUUGCGCGACGCGUUCAAGCGCGUGUUCACGGCGUUGAUGACGGCGGAGAAGGGAAAAGUGGAGACGGAGCUGCGCGCGAUGGAGGCGCGCGUGCGCGACGAAGGGACGACGGCGACGUCGUCGUCGAGCGUGGAAUCGUUGUUUCUGCGGUUAUGCGAACAGUAUCCAGGUGACGUCGGCGCGUUUUGCGCGUUCGUGUUGAAUUACGUCACCCUGCGCCCCGGGGAGGCGAUUUACAUGGCGGCGAACGAGCCGCACGCCUACCUCUCGGGCGAUUGCGUCGAAGUCAUGGCGACGAGCGAUAACGUCGUGCGCGCCGGGUUGACCCCUAAAUUUCGCGACGUCCAAGUGCUGUGCGACAUGCUGACGUACAAGCUCGGCGCUCCCGAGAUAUUGACGGGCGACGUCGUCGACGCGUGCACGCGACGAUACGUCCCGCCGUUCGACGAGUUCCUCCUCGACGUCGUCACCGUCUCUCGAGGCACCGCGUACGGCGUCGUCGCCAAAUCCGGUCCGAGCGUUUGGAUCGUCCAUCGCGGUUCGUGCGCGUUCGCGUCCGCGAAGGAUUCCAAAACAUUCGCCGCCGAGCCCGGCGCCGUGUUCUUCGUCGACGCCGACGAGGAGUGCGGCGUC